AUGAACUAUGGUUUACGACCGACUGGUCAAUGUGGACGAGCUCGUCGUAUUUUGGCUCUUCGCUAUCCGAAGUUUGCUUACAUCCAUUGUUUUGCUCAUGACAUCAACUAUCUCGUCAAAGCUGUCCUCAAAACAGUUUUCCAGCAGAUUUCAGCAGACGCCGCAGGUGUGGCUACUAGUCUUGCUAUUUUUACGCUUUCUCUGGAAGAUAUGGUCUUCUCGUAUCGGAACAGCAAUGAAAUGCCAGAAAAGCUUCGUGUCUUAGGAGAAAAUGAGUUAUGGACUAAACUGAAGACGGCCGAGAAGAUCGUUCGGCCAUUAUGCACCGCUUCAUUUCUUAACCUUGUUGAAACCCGCUGGAAUGCUUGUGAGCAGCCAUUGUUUAUCUUGGGAUUUUUUCUUCAUCCUGGAUAUGUAGAGCAAGCACGGCAAUUGCCUUCGACCGUCCUCACAACGCUUGAUGACGUGUGUCAGUUUGCACAGUAUUACUAUCGUCGAUUUCUUGAUGGCGAUGACAGCGGGCUGCGCGGUGAAAUGUUCAGCUGGCUUGAAGGGAGUUACUCCACAUCUCGCGAUGUCGACUCCAAAGAGGACUCAGUGGUCACGUUCUGGAAGUAUGAAAGGAAAGCAAAAUAA